AUGGCUUUGACCCCACCCGCGGCGGUGUCGCCGCCACAUAAAAGCCCACAAUAUGCUGUUUGGUGUGUGGCAAAGCCAACCGUGCCUGAUUCAAUUCUCCAAGAGGCCUUGGACUAUGCUUGCGGGUCGGGUGCCGAUUGCAAAUCAAUUCAGCCCAAUGGGUCUUGCUUUCAGCCCAACACUUUGGUUUCUCAUGCUUCGUAUGCUUUCAAUAGUUACUGGCAGAAAACAAAGAACGGAGGGGGUACUUGUGAUUUUGGUGGGACUGCCAUGCUUGUCACCAUUGAUCCAAGUAAGUUUCAAUCGCUGCAACUUCGUCAACAAUUGAGCACCAAAGAUGCAGACACUUUCAUGGACCAACCAGUUCAGUUCACUUUGUUGCCAGCAAUUUAG